AUGCUCGAGGAACAGGUGGAGAUGUGUAAGCGUGUGCUCAACAUCUAUAGAUAUAUGGUUAUGAAGAUUGACAUGGAUAAGCAGGCCUGGGAACAAUUACUAGAAGUUCUGCUUCAAAUCACUUCACUUGUACUGACACCGAGUGUUCCCAUCAGAAAAGAUGAUACUUUGGGCGGACGGUUAGCACCGGCUUUCUUUCAGACAUUAAUCGUGACGUGGAUUAAAGCAAAUCUAAAUGUGUUUGUCUCGAACUCUUUGUGGGAAAAGUUUCAUGAAUUGGUCUCAUCGUUGACCAGUUGGGAGGAACUGAUCAAAGAGUGGAGCAAAACCAUUGAUACGUUGACUCGAGUGAUGUCUCGAUACGUAUAUAACAUUAAUUUACACGAUUUGCCGCUUGAAAGACAAUUAGACAAAAAUAAGCGCAGAUUUCGGGUGCGA